AAAAAAAUCAAAAGUAUUUUGAAUUGUAGUGGACAAAGAUGAUGACGGAUUUAAUCUCAUUCAGCCAUCGCUGAUCCAGCAGUUGAAGACCAUCCUAGAUCAGUACCCUGACGAUGGACAGAUAUUAAAGGUAAGAAAUGUGAAGACUUAAGGAAACUUUAAUGGCUGACUAUAAAGAGGUAUAAUUCCUUUUCGCCUUUACCGUCUCCUGACUGAGUACCUUCAGACGUUGGGAACAUCUAACAAGGACAACAAGAAAAGAUAAGAUAGGCAUAGGUUAAGAAUAACGUAAUGAGAUAUUAACAGUGAGUUGAUAUGGGACUAGACACACUUCCCUCCACGGGGACUUAUUAUACACGACACCAGUCGCCCCGAGCUCGGUGCCAUUUUAGAAUUGGACCAGUUGUGAUCUUAACGGCUUCGGGCCGCCAUUUAGUAGGUUUACGUAAGAGUUCUACCGAGCCCGCUGGCUUCGCGUUGCUAGCUGGAGAUGCUUCAGUGGUUUCAGGGUUUAGAGAAAUUCAUGUUCCACGAACCUGGCAUGUUUAUUCAGCGACUGGAUUCGAUUUUCGCGAAAAAAAUCGUGCUGGUUUGGGGUCGAUCGGAGACGCGACGCUGCGGUCAGUCUCCUACCUUGCCACUAUACUAUGUAUACUAUUUUUCUCUAAACUUUUUUUUUAAGGAAAACAACAAAUCGCCACAUGGUAAGUUUCAUCGGUUUUUAUUUCCAUUUUCUAGCAAAUUUCCAGAGCUAAACUUUGCCCUAUAUUUUCUCUAUAUUUACUCAUGUUUUGAAACCCGUGCGUGACACAAACAGUGAGCCUGCGUUACCGGUGGUGAGACGAGAUAAGAUUUAAUCAAUCGGCAAAAAAUCAAGAUGAAAUUAUCCGUGAUAUCUUGUAAGACUGAGAUGCAAUAAGUUUAAGUUCAUACUUUGUGCAUAUCCGGGGAAGUGUGUGUGAGUGAUAGAUUACUUUAAGCUGCUUCUGUUUCAAUGUGCAUGUGUGUAUUAGGAGCUCAUCCAAAAUGCCGAGGAUGCAGGAGCAACUCAAGUGAAAUUUCUCCAUGACCUACACAGCUAUGGAACAGAGAAACUUCACAGCGAAGGACUUGGCCAGUUCCAGGUAAUCGUGAAUGUUGUCGUAAACUCACAGAAGGAAUGAGUUUUUUUGUCUUUUCGUCUCACUCCUUCUGUAAGAAUUCUUUUUAUCAGGGGGUUCUGUUUAAUCCCCUCCCCCGUUAGUUUUCUGACAGUCUGUCCCUUACCGAAGAACUUAACCCCAAGAACAAAGUCACAGCUCAGUACGUAUCGUCUACAAAAUUUUGGGCAAAUAAAAUUUAUAUUACUAUAUCUAGUUACACGACUAUGUUGCUGACUGUUGAGUCUUAAGGAGUCUUCAAUAUAUAAGGGAACUUCACCCUUGAUGCGUUUAUAUGCCGCACAACAUUUAGCUAUUUUCACUUCUUCAUAAAAAGGAAGCCACUGUAGAGUAUUAAAAAGCUUAACACUAGACGCCUGGUUAUUAGCGUCGGAAAUUACCCUUGCUGCUCUCUUUUGUAGCUUAAAAACACGGCUUAAAUUCUCCUUAUCACAACUAGGAUAUAACUUAUCACAACUAGGAUAUAAACCUUAAAAAACUGACAGCCAUACUAUUUUUUACCCUUUCCACCUGGUGCAGUCGACUUGUAUUAAGCGGUCACCCUCUGUUAAGCGGUCCCGAAAAUGAUUUUUAGGUUUUACAGUAAUUAAGGGUGUUAUAGUAAUUAAGACCGCUUAAACGUGGUCACAUCUAUUAUUUAUGAGCGGUCGCGGUCACCUUUUCUGAGGUCCCAACAAGUUAUAUAACUUUUAUUGUCCAGUCACCUCUAUCAAACGGUCACUUUGAGAAGACAUACCGCACCAGUGCAACAAAUACACUGUGUAUGCCGUUUAGUGAUCUUUUACUUUCUUCCUUUUGGCACACGAAGAGGCGGAAACUGGUUGACUGGUAAAUUUGUUGUGGGAUAGAUAUUCCGCUCUUCCACUACCUUCAUUUUCUUGACAAUUUCUCAGGUUUGUCAAACCUGUGUUAAACGGUCAACUUGUAUUAAGGGGUCAGGAAACGCCUCAUGUCAAAAAGUGGGCUCGGCGCAGUGGUUUUCUACGCACGGUGUUCUACAUCUAUAACAUUAAUUUAGAACGGUUUCUCAUUACAUAGAUACUUUCUCAUUACAUAGAUCACUUUAAUUAAUGUCCACUAGGGCCCAGCACUCUACGCUUACAACAAUGCCGAGUUCACCAAGGAGGACUGGAAAGGCAUCAGGAUGCUCUGCUGACAGUAUAAAAGUCAAAGAUCCGAUGAAAGUUGGUCGGUUUGGCCUCGGUUUCAAAUCGGUGUUUCACGUCACAGGUGAGAUAACUAUUUUUUAUUUUUUCCAAGCUUGCGAGCGGGCGGAAUCCUCCAAAUCCUGCAAUCUGAUUAGUUCCGAGAGCGGGCGCUAUUUUACGAUCUUGCCCGCUAACCCGGGGGGAAUCGUUGGCAGCUUCAUUCACAAGUUUGUUUGUUGUUUGUAUGAGCAAAAACCGUCAUUUUCAAACCAUUUUUCUUUUAAAACUUGCGCUAUUAUUAGCAUUAGCUGGGGAAAAGUGAAUUUUAUUAUUCAGACAAAAAGUCUGAAGGGAGAAUCAAGCAAGUCAGCCAGGAAAACCACUAAAGUACAGCAAAACAGGUGGCUCGUGAUGUCGCUUCACUAAGCUUUAUAACCGCGCUGUAAGUACUGCAAUCUUGCUUUUAUGCACCGUUUAUUGGACAUCUUUGCUCUGUUUGUAGUUUUGUUUUCCAUUUUUGCUGUUGGAAUCUUGAUUCUCCCGUUUUUCAUGGAAUUUUGUCUCGCUAGUUUUCUACUUAUCGGAAAAGGUUGUUGUCAAUAAUUGCAUUUAGCUUCAGUCUUGAAUAAACAACACGAGUCACUUUUCCAGCACUGAGCCGGUUAUCGCCGUUUUCAUUUCUUUCCUUUUAACUCGUUGCUCACAUCGCCUUCUUUUAUUCGAAUUGAGUUCAAAACCUUAAAAUUGGAAUGCGUAAUUAAUAAGUAUAUUAUAUAUACCUUAAAUUUAAGGUAUAUAUUAGCUCUUUUCAUCCCGCUCGAUUGAACUAAUCUUAAAGCAAUUUGAAUUCAGCCGAAGAAAAUCCUUGCUGUAUUUUUUUCCUGGGUCUUUAAAUAUCAAGCUAGUCAAUUCUUUGAUCCUUGUUUGACACUCAGAUUAUGAAUCGUCUAGCAAGAUACAGAAACCUUUCUUUAUUCUAAAAGAGAGCAGUAAGUGCCAUAAUAUAAAUUACCGAGCGAAAAAUCAUGUUGUAAUGUUUUUUUUUUGGUUUGCAAUCAAUCGCGCGCUUCAUCAACACGAACGCGUCCGACUUCAACACACAUAGGUUGGAGAGUGAAGGAGAAUUUUCCUGAAACUUGUAAAUCUCAGUAGGAAAAAAAUAAAAAUGUUAUUCAUCGGCCUAGGUAGGACCGUAUUAGGAGAAACUGUGCCCUCGGUCUGAGUACGGCCUCGGGCGGUACUCAAGACCUUGGAAUACGGACCUCCCAGCCGGUGAAUAAUAUAUAUAUAUUCAUAUUUCAACUGUUGAUGUUGUAAUUAAUAACAGCAAGAGUUGAGUGAAUUAUUCAAGAUAUUUACUUAUUUUGAUCACUUUAUUUAGUUAAGCUCGUGUAUAUAUUAUUCAAAAUCGGUAUUAACGAGGAGGUACAUUUCCCUCAUCGCCCCGCAAAGGUAGAAAAGACUCCCUAAGUUUUAUAACACAUUUGUUUUUGAAGAAAGCCACCUGAGGCUUGACAUUCUGAGGCAAUGAAAAUGAAAGUAUUUACUUAUACUUAUCUCACUGGGAAAAGAAACGCUCGCAAUCGCGAGUUUUUUGUGUUUAAUGUAUUCAGAAAUCCACAAACCGAAAAGUUAAAUGCAAACAUUUUGGUUUAAGUUCACAACGGUCUGAAUAUGGACAAAUUUCCUUGGAGUUAAAAUAUUUUUUUUUGUGUACAAAAAAGUGCGCCUUUAUGCGCUUAGGUUUUCAACACCCUCCUGUAAUGACCUGACAUCUUUAUUUGUUGCAUCUUUAAUUCAAACCUGGACGCUGAGAGGAGGUAAUCAAAUGGUAUAUUCGUGAAAUUAAGGAAUGAUUUUACUUGCCUUUUGCUUAAAUUUUAAUAACAUCCCUUGCCUACGGGCGCAAAAUUAUUCACGAAAUUCACUCGUCACUAUUUGAUCACACAUACUAACACUGGAAUUUCGCGCCAAAAUUAGCAACUAGAUUGUCUUAUAUGAUAUUAUACCCUUUACGUUUUCCUUCAUUUAUCUUUAGAUCUACCGAGUAUUUUAAGCGGUUCCCAGAUCGGUGUCAUAGACCCACACGAGGAGUACUUUACCAAAGGGAGAAAUCGACGAACAGGUUAUAGCUGGAAAAUCACUGACGAUCGUCACAUCAUGGACAAUAUACCAGACCAGUUUGCGCCUUACAAGGGAAUAUUUGACUGUACAGAUGAUGUUUUCUCAAGAGGCUGGUACAACGGUACUCUGUUUCGCUUUCCACUACGACACCGACCCUCUGACCUUUCUCAGACUCUCUAUUCCGCUGAAAAGGUGCACACAUUAUUUGAAGGAUUCAUGGCUGACGCACACUUGAUCCUCCUUUUCUUGCAACAUCUGGAAUCUAUCGAGCUCUACGUCCGUGGGGAGUACGACGAUAAACCAAGAAAAACGUUUCAAGUUCGAAUCAUGGAUGAAAGCCUUCAUCUGGUACAAGAAAAGAGGGAGGAGUUUCACAACAAUAUCUCCACUGACAGGCUCUUGCCCCAUCCUGUCCAAGUAACCUAUCCGAUCACGGUUGAGACUGUACACUUUUCUCAAGGCUCAGAAACCACACAGAGACAUUCGUUUCUCGUAACCAACUACUUUUGUGGCGAGGAGAUAUCGUCUGAAUUUCAAACCCUGGCUAAAGAUCAAAGCCUCAGUUACCUACCCUUAGUUGGUGUUGCCAUGGCAUUACCAGCAAGCCUUCGCGAACGUACUCCAAAGAUUCAAGGUCACGUGUUUUGUUUCCUACCGUUACCACUUCAAAAGACAAGCCUGACAGGUUUGCCGGUCCAUGUGAAUGGCUUCUUUGCUUUGAGUCAGAACAGACGUUAUAUCAAAUCUCCAAACGCAGAACAGGAAGAUCAGGAGCUAACUGACAAGUCCCUCCUAUGGAAUAGGUGUCUUUUGGAAGAGGCUCUACCCAGGGCAUAUGCAACGAUGCUGCUAGAAGCAAUCAACAAGAAGGGCUACAAUAUACAAGAAGAGACCGUUUACAGGUAAGAUUGAAAUGUCUCCGUGAAAGAAAAUAUUUCAGUUACUUUAUUGCCGUAAAAGGUUGGAUAAUAACUAAAAAUUGGCAUUACUAUGGAUUGUUCUCCCUGGGAUGCCUCAUUCUCGUUGGAAGUGCAACUAAGUACUUGGAAUGUAGAGUCCCUUUUUUCGAUUGCCUCGGGUCUUACAGUCUAAUUUUUGGAAUGUAAGACCUUUUUUUGGCCGCCAAUGCAGCGAAAUAGAUUAGACUACUUCAGCACGUCCUGAAAUUCAAGGUUUGACCAGGUUCUAUCACAACAGUUCGACAUUAGCAAAAGCCGUUGCUCUCGGUAUUGACAUAUGGUUUAGUUUUUGGUGAAAAUGGUGGAUCAACUAAUUACACUUUCUGAAUGCUGUAUUCCGUAGGGCUUGGCCUAAUAUCGACGCCAUCGACCAGAAAUGGAAGAGAUUGCAGAACCCCUUACUUGAGGUCUUAUGGUCUGCAAAUGUCGUAUACACUAAGGCUAGUGGAGGAAAGUGGCUUAAAGUGGAAGACGCUGUCUUAGACACACUUGAUGAACACCAGCCAAAGGAGUUACUCGUCAGCGUGUUGCUGGAAGCACAUCAAAAUGUCGCUUCCUUGCCUGACUACGUGUUAAAGGCAUUUACCGCCGUCGGCAAUAAACCAGUUAUCAAGGAAAUUACUCCCGCAUUGGUGAGGCAAAUCCUCAAGAAAAUUCCUUCAAGCUACAGGAAACUUGGGAGAAUGGAAAAGUUGAACCUUCUAGCGUUCAUCCUAAACGUUAUAGAUGAGAACUUCGCAGACCUAAUUGGACUGGAGCUGCUACCAGUAUCCAGUGGUGCCUUCAAAUGCUUUGCAUCGCUUUCAAACUGUGACGAAGCAGUUUAUGUCUGCUCACCCAGUCAUCCAAGGAAAAUGUUUCCUAGUCUAGACCAUCAGUUUCUGGACCAAGACCUGGACGGAAAUCUUUUGAAAAUGAUGGAGAAAGUUGCAAAUCAAGGUAUGAACGAUACAAGAAUUUUGUGAAUGUACACAAAGCUAUUUUAUCUACUUCAGCUAAGACCAUCUAAAAGUUAUUCCACUAUUUGGCGAGUUAAAAUUACAUUUCGUUCUACACUACUCAGUGCUUUGAGUCGAGUUUCGUUAAAAAUAACCGAUAAGUUUGUUUUGAACAUACUCAGCAACUACUCCUUCCUUUUUUCUAGCGAAUUGUUCACAAGAAAACAAUACAUUUCUUAAACAAAAGUUGGCGGCGGGUGGCAGUUGUAACAUUAGACCAAGAACUCUAUUCCUUUAACCUCGUUGCCGUAUUCAAAGACUGAGGUAUCUUUGAUGGAUUCUAUGCGAGUUGCGAUUGGUCGUUGCCUAUAAGCUAACAGAUUAAACAUCCAAAGCUGAAGUCAGAAAAAUUGGUGCACUGUUUUAAAAACGUUAGGAGGCUCGAUCGCAACUUCGUACCAUAAUUUGACAUCCUAAUAUAUCAUAAGGGUAUAGCAUGCAAAAGUGGUAUCUACUAUUGGUAGGCAUAGUAUUCCUUGAUGAAAGAGGUACCUAGCGUGUUACACCACUAAGCGCACUGUAACAAGCAGUAUUUACGGGCGAUUUUAUUUCGUGACAGAAGCGGCUAUUUGUGUUGUUAUCUUAGCACGAUCUUCUGUUAAUUAACAGAAAGUGCAAACAAAUAUGUUGGAUAGAAUCUUGUCCUGCGACUAAUGGCGCCUUAAAAUAGCCCGUGUAUCUUGAAAAGCAUUUCAGAUAUGCACUGCAUUGUUCAAAACGUUGCAAAAUGUGAUGUGCAUUUUAAGUGUAAGGCGAAAGUGAGAAGACAUUAUUUUCUUUAAUGUUUGAAUAGGAUGUACCCAGCUGAAGUUUCUUAGGCAAGAUGAGGUGGCUUCCCUUCUCUCAAAAUCGUUGCCACCAGAAUGGUCACAAGGUGAAGCAAUUUUCUGGUAUCAUGGAUCGGAUUACCACAACCAUCCAGGGUUAGGUUGGCUUGAGCUCGUAUGGAAUUACUUUAGAACGUACUUCACCACGAAUGAUGGGCUCUGCGACUUCACUGGCCUCCCCUUGAUUCCACAUGACAUGUCACAAGUACCAAUCAGCCUUUCUAGACUCCAACAGCCUUCUAAGAUUGUUGUGAAAAGUCUCCAUGAUGAGUUUCUCGAUGAAACACUGAUUCAGUCCUUGAAACACCUUGGUCUUGUUAUCAUUCAAGAGUGUCCAUCUUACCUAACCCUUCACCCCGCGGUCAUCAAUGCAUUUAUUUACCCGCCAUCACCACAUGGUGUCUUAAAGGCGCUGUCGGCUUGUUCAUCGGUUGUAGGAUAUAACAAGCAUUCGUUGACAGACGAAGGCAAACGCUCCUUAAGGAAGUUCUUUUCAAAGGAAUCGUCGCUAGAGCCCCAAGCAAAGCAGCUUCUCCGUACCCUUCCUUUGUUUGAGACACUAAACAAAUGUUUUGUUUCUGGAGAGGAGGGUCUUUGUGCAGCACCGCCAGAAGGCUCCUACCCCGUUUCUCCUCGUCAGGAUCUUAUUGACGUCACACAUGAUGACUCCAAGAGGUUGGCGCGUCUGCUAGGCAUCAGAUGCUUCUCUCCUAUAGAAUUUUUUCUUGAAAUUCUAAUUCCAGAUGUUAAAGGAGGACAUUACUCUACCGAAGAAAUGGACAGGCUUAUGGGAUUCGUGAUGGAGCGGUUUCAAGUUUACGCCGGCGCAGAUCCACGAUUUUUAGGGGCCAUGAAAUCUUUGCCAUUUGUGCCAAGCAAAAAUAGAAGGGUCAGAGCUAUGGACCUUUUCGAUCCUGGGAUUGAGUUAUUGAAACGAAUGCUGGCCGAAGAAGAUGUUUUUCCAGUUGGUGAACACUAUACGAACCCCGCAGCCCUCGUAGUUCUCAGUAAACUUGGCAUGAAGAGUGAGAGGGAAAUUAGCGCUGAAGAUCUGUACUGCAGUGCCAGAAAGAUCUCUCAAAUGUCAAAUUUGGAGGAAGGAAAGCGAAAAUCGGAAACCAUAAUGUUAUAUUUAGAGAGUAAUUCAACGACGCUUCAACAAACUGUUUCUGGGGUAACGUUGACACAACUUUUGCGAGACGUUCCAUGGGUAUCCGAAGUGAACGAGAGGCCGUUUGGUGUUCCUGUUAGCCUUUACUCAACUAAAGAAACUAGCAAAGCCCCCUUUUACAAACCCACGGAAGUCACAAGUGAAGAUAAAGUUAAUCUCAUUGGAACAGUGAAGCCUAUUGUACGAGUAGAUUCUUCAAGUCAAUUAGCAAAAUGUUUCGGCUGGGAUAAGAUGCCAGAUGCAUUGGACGUGGCGCAACAUCUGAAGACAGUGGUCAGCCAUUAUACCCCAGGCGAAAAGCAAUAUUACAUUUCAAUUGUGAAGGACAUCUACGCAUAUCUAAAUCAGGCCGAAGAUCCUGAAGCUAUCAAGGAAGCUUUGCAGGGAAUUGAAAACUCGAGCUGGAUUUGGAAUGGAGAUGGCUUUUCCCCUCCUGGUGCAAUUCUUGCUGAAAGGCCUCCUAUUGAUCUUACUCCGUUCAUAUCCUCGCUUCCGUCAGAGGUGCUGCAGUUUUCAAACUUUUUUUCGAAGUUUGGAAUGAAAGAGCACUGCGAUUCUCUGUUUUUUGUGCAAGUUCUUCAUUUGAUAAAACAGAAGUAUGAAUCUGGACAUGAGUAUUCGAACACGGAGGUGAAAAGAGAUCUGCAGUUAUCUGCAGACAUCUUGAAUGAGAUCAAGCCAAACGUAGGGGAACAACUGCCUUCAGAGAUUCAAGAGAAAGUUCUCAUUCCAACACACGUAGAAGGAGAUUCCUACGUGAGGCUUGUACCAGUUAAAGAUUGCAUGUACUGUCACCAUGAGUGGCUAGAAGAUGGCACACCAGCCGAAGAAGAAAAGGAUUGCUUUUUCGUGCAUCCAAACAUCUCAAAUAGUACUGCAGAACUUUUACAGGUUCGUACUCUUAGAAAUCAGUUAUUGGAAGCUGAUGAGAUAGGAGAUGAAUUUGGUCAGGAAGAAAAACUUACUCGCCGAUUAAACAAACUUCUGGAGGAAUACACAGAUGGUUUCUCUGUUCCAAAGGAACUAAUUCAGAACGCAGACGAUGCUGGUGCGACUGAGGUCAGAUUUCUUUACGAUGAAAGAACUAACGAAGAUGCUAUGACCUGUCUGAUUGACGAAGGAAUGAAAGAAUGUCAAGGUCCUGCUUUGUGGGUUUACAACGACGCGGAAUUUAAGGAUGAGGAUUUUGAGAACAUUACUAAACUCAACGGUGGCACAAAAGAGCAAGAUACCGAAAAAAUUGGAAAGUUUGGGCUUGGCUUUAAUACGGUCUACAAUCUGACGGACGUUCCUAUGUUCCUUAGCAGAAACUACUUCGUGAUUUUUGACCCCAACACCUUUUAUCUUGGAAAAGCGAUACGAAACAAGAGGAAACCUGGGAUAAGAAUCGACGUCAAUAAGAAGCCAGAGAAAAAGCGAAAAUUUAAAAACCAAUUUAAACCUUUCAAUGACAUCUUUGGUUGCGAUCUUCAUCUCAACAAAGCUGACAACUCAUUUCCAGGAACCCUUUUCCGAUUUCCUUUGAGAACCAGGGAACAAGCCGUGAAAAGUGAAAUUAAACAACUCCAUUACGACAACAGCCAAAUGAGAGACCUCCUUGAAAUUUUCGUUCGUGGAGCAAAAACAUUGCUCUUAUUUACGCAAAAUGUAUUUCAAGUCAGCAUAUUGCAUUUGCCUAGAGAGUCAAUGGAAAACACCCAACCUAAACUAAUGUUUCAGGUUACGAAGUCACUAUCAGAAGCAGGAAUCAUUAGAGAGUUGUCUUUUCCAGUUACUCUUCAAUCUCAUCUUAGAAAUCAUAGCCCGGACCAAGUGAACCUCUUAAAACAGUGUAACUUCCUGAGAGCAUUAUCAGAAGUUGUUAUGAAAGCUGGGGAUGCAAAGCAAAACAAUGGAAAUUUACUGAGGUCAUCGAUUACAGUGGACAUAACAAGCAACGUUACUGAAAGCGGGCGCUCUUUCUUUGGAGACAAAGUUAACGUACAAGAUGAAUUUGAGGUUUGGCUUGUUGCCUCGUCGAUGGGCAAAGGACAAGCGAUGCAAUAUUCAGUAAAUGACAGAAGCCUGCUCCCAGCAGCUGCAGUAGCAGUCCAGUUGAUACCUCAGGAAAGUGCGAAGUUUGCACCAAAACCUGUUGUCAGUCAUAUUAUUGGAGGUAAAAUUCAUCAUAACGGGACCGUGUUUUGCUACCUUCCCCUUCCAAUACACAGUGGUCUUCCCGUGCAUAUAAAUGGUGCAUUUGCAGUAGCUUCUAGCAGACGCCACUUGCAGCAGAAAACAGAGGAUGACAAAGCCUGUGCCGGAGUAGAGUGGAACAACGUUUUAUUAAAUGAUUCAGUGUGUGCAGCCUACCUAGACCUCUUGGAAGACAUGAAACAAAUUGCUGGCAUGUACCUCUUCCACACACUGUGGCCUCGAGCAUGUGAGAUUGAGCCUUCCUUUGAGCCCCUUGCCCGCUCAUUUUACCAGCAAGUCGCCAGUGGAUGUUGUUCUCUUUUUACGGACGGCAAUCGUUGGACGGAUAUCAAUCAUGUGGUGUUUCUUGAUCCGUACUUCCGUCAUGAUCAACUUGUUGGAGACAUAUCAUUUGCAGCAUUGAAGAUGUUGGUCAAGGAGAAUGAGGUUGUGGUUGAUCUUCCAAAGGAUGUUUUCGAAUCUUUCUUUACGUACGAUCUGGAGGAAAAGAUCCAGUUGAAAAUGUACGACAAGGAAAGGUUUUUCAGUGAACUAUUGUUCCCAAAUAUCACCUCUUUAUCACCACACAUGCGGGAUAAAUUGGUCAUGUACGCUUUAGAUGAUGCAAAGGGGACAUUUGAUAGAUUACUACAAACCCAUGCCUGCAUUCCAGCUUCACCUGGUGGUAAAGUGCUUAAAAACCCUGCAGAACUUGUUAAUCCAAACAAGAAAAUAGCCCAGGUCUUUAACAGUGAAGAUCAAAGGUUUCCUUUUGGCACAAAAGGGGAUUUUUUAGACACUGUAAGACUUGCCAAACUUGAACAACUUGGAAUGAUGGGAGAUGAUGCGCCUUGGGGUGUAUUCGAAGAAAGGGCAAACAGUAUCCGAAUUUUAAAUGAGGAUAGCAGCAAAGCAGCUUCAGAGCGUGCAAAGGCAUUGAUAGAUCUUCUUGAAAGAAAGCUUUGCAGUGUGGUCGUAAGCGGUGCCCCCGAGAUCGUUUGUAAGAACCUUUUGCGAAUAAAAUUUCUCCCUGUUGCAGCGAAACCGGAAAAUUUUCCUCUCCCCUGGAGGGGAGGUGAUCGACGCCCUGAGAGAAGAGCAACACUGGUAUCACCCGAAAAGGCCUUCCAGCGAGACCAGAUGUACCUAGUUUGCUGCUCUGAAUAUCUCGUAGAUCUUUACAUUCCUUUUUUUGUUGCAAAGCUCUUACAGUUGGACAAAAAGAAGCCCACAAUUCAGCAAAUUGUUAGGCAACUUGAUGAAGCGUCAACCGUAAACGAGAAUCUUAAUUCAAAGCAAUUCGAAGAAGUAAGCAACACCAUUUUAGAAGUCUACAAAUAUCUAAAUACAGCCUUGUUUGAGGAACAAAUCGACGGUAACCAAGUGCGAAGCCUUUUUCAGGAAAACAGAUAUAUUCUUGUGGGAAGUGAAUUUGUUCAUACAAAGCGCCUUGCCUUUUCAUUGCCUGUUGACUGUUCCCCCUAUCUACAGAAGCUUCCGGACGAUCUUGCGAUGCGAUUUCAAAGUUUGAUGAAGAGUGCUGGUGUAAAACAGACCUUUGAAGGCGUCGAUUUCAUCACGUCUUUGGAAGAAAUGAAAACUAAAUUUCAGGAAAACGUGCUUGAUAAGGAGAAUCUUCAAACAGCGGUGAAUCUAGCUCGUCAACUUGGGGAUUAUCUAAAAGACUGUGAUGAAUUUGAUGAGACCCAACAAUCAAUUUAUCUUCCUGAUUCUCAGGGAGUAAUGCGACUAGCUUGUGAACUUUGUGUGGACGACUGCGAAUGGAUUGAUGACGAAACUGGUGUUUGCUUUGCAAAUAAUAUGAUUCCUCAUCCAUCAUGUAUCCUGCUGGGUGUAAAAACACGUCGAGAAGAGGCCAUUAACCGAUUCGCUGUUGGAAUUCCCUUUGGACAAAAGGAGAAGCUAACUAAUCGGAUUCGAUUCUUGCUGACACAAUAUCCAAGCAAAAAAGAGAUCUUAAAAGAAAUUGUCCAGAAUGCUGAUGACGCAGAAGCAACAGAGAUUUGCUUUAUUAAGGACCCAAGGAACCAUUGUGAUGAACGCGUUUUUGAAGAUUCUUGGAGGCCACUUCAAGGACCAGCAUUGUGUGUUUACAACAACAAGCCGUUCCGAGAAACUGAUAUCGAAGGAAUACAGACCCUUGGAGAAGGUAGCAAAGGAGAUGACCCUAACAAGACUGGCCAGUAUGGCGUAGGCUUCAAUGUUGUGUACCAUUUGACCGACGUGCCCUCAUUUACCUCUAGUGGCGAGGAGAUUGGAGAUGUGUUAUGUGUCUUUGAUCCACAUUGUAAGUAUAUUCCAGGGGCAACCCAACAGGAGCCAGGAAUGAUGUUCAGAAAAACAGGAAAGUUGAGAGGAAUGUUCCCAGAUGUUUUCUCCUGCUAUUUAGAAGAACAGUUUCCUACCAAAAACUCCACUAUGUUCCGAUUUCCACUUAGAACUACAGAUAUGGCAGAAAAUUCUGAUAUAUCUCCCUCUCCAGUAACACUAGAGGACCUGGAAAGUAUGAUGGAAGCUCUCAAGUCAGAACUUUUCGAAGUUCUCCUUUUUGUCAACAAUAUAAGGAAGAUUACGCUAUGUCACAUCGACGAAAGUGGAGAGGUUGUUUCCUCUUACUUUGUUGAAGCAAACGUCUCAGCCAAUGAUGCAUCGAAGAGAGAGCAGUUCGCCAAUUUUGUCAAACAAAUUGGAAAGGUACAAAAGGAGAAUGCUGAUUUCCAGGCAAGUCACGCGGAGAUGAGAAAAUGUUCCUAUGUCUUGAAUUUAAAAGACAGCUUUGGCAAAGUGGAAAAGUGGCUAAUUGUCCAGCAGAUUGGUUUUGAUAAUGAAGCGGGGACAAAGAUUGCCGACGGGAGCGUAAAUGGCUAUCUGAGGUUGCUUCCCCGUGGUGGUGUUGCUUGCCCCUUGCAAGACGUCUCAACGGAGAGUGAGUCACUAAGAAGAGAACACAAGGCCUACUGUUUUCUCCCGCUUCCGGUAGAAACUGGCCUUCCCCUACACAUUAAUGGGAACUUUGCAUUAGACCACGCAACCAGACGAAAUUUAUGGACAGACAAGAAUGAUCCCUCUCGAAUUGAUUGGAACAACGGCUUGAUAAAGUAUGUUAUAGCAUCAUGCUAUCUUACAGUGUUGGACAAAGUAAGAAGUCUCCUUGAGCUUCCGGUUACGAAAAGCACUGACAUCGCCACCCUUAACGCAAGCAGAGACGAUUUGGUUGACAAAAUACGCUAUUAUGAGAGGCUCUUCCCACUUACAGGUUCUACCAGUCAAUAUUGGGUGAAUUUAGUAGCGUCCGUAUACCAGGGCAUGAACUACAAGAGAAUGCGGCUUUUGCCAGUGGUGAACGAUUGUACAUCAAACAAAUCUACUCCCAGAGUUGAGCUCAAAUGGCUUCCUCCAACAGGGAAUGGCGGAGAAAAAGCAUUCUUCAACACACUUAGGAAAGAUGGUUGUUUCGAAAAAGAGCAACAUCGAAAGGCUGAUGCUAAAGAAAAGGAACAAGAAGACAAGAGGAAAUCAGGCAAAUCUACUCCCACAGUUGAGCACAAAUUGCUUCUUCCAACAGGAAAUGGUGGAGAAAAAGCAUUCUUCAAAACACUAAGGAACGUUGCUUGUUUCGAAAAAGGGCAGCAACGAAAGGCUGAUGCUAAAGAAGAGGAACUAGAGGAGAAGAAGAAAUCAGACAAGUCUACUCCUAGUGUUGAUCUCAAAUGGUUUCCUCCAACAGGAAAUGGCCGAGAAAAAGCAAUCUUCAACACACUUAGGAAAGUUGAUUGUUUCGAAAAAGGGCAGCAACGAAAGGCUGAUGCUAAAGACGAGGGACAAGAAGACAAGAAAACUUCUUUCGAGCAGAUCUUGCUUCAGACGGGCUUUAAUAUAGUUGCGUUAAACUUGUCAGUUUACAAGGCAAUGAAGCACUCAAAUAUCAAUCCUUGCUUUAUAUCUCCUUCUGCCGUAAUGGAGUUCUACAAAUCUUUCAGUUGCGAAGGUUCUGUUUGCAAGAUUGGAUCAUUACCUAUUGACGUGAAAGAAACCCCAUUCAAGAAUGUUGAAGGUGUUCUCCUUGUCCUUAAGUACUGUAAAGACAGCGAAACGUUCUUGGCAGACUUGACAGGUCUUCCAUUGCUAGUAACACAAGACAACCGUUUGCAAGCCUUUAGUGCAUCCGAACCUAAGUUUCUUUCUCGCCAUCACAGCCUUCUACCGCGGUGCAGGAAGUUGUUUGUCCACAGCUGUUUGUGGUACCCAAUCUUCAGUAGUAGCAAGAGCCUUCAGGCACCCGUUUUCAAGCAUUUUGAUGUUGAGAGUUUUGCAGUUAACUUACACCAGACACUUCCUCGCGAUGUUUUCUAUGUUGAGCAGUACGUUAAAUGGUACCCCGAACAAAAAACAGAUCCAAAUCCAAAUCCGGACUGGAUACAGAGAACGUGGAAAUUCCUAAACGAGGAAGCUAGUAACGCCCUCAAAGAAACAAAAGCCAGUAAACAAAAACAAACUAAAAGCAUAAAAGGAACAGAGGGAGGUGAUGAGGUAAAUAUCAAAGGCAUCCAAUCAAAAGUUAAGACGAAUACCAGAGGCUUGCAAGAAAGUGACGAGAUUAGUACCGAGACGUUACAAUUAUCUGAAGAGGAAAAAGGUGACAUCAUUGGAAAAGUGCUUCAGCCUCUCAGAAACUGGGCUAUUCUCCCAUGCACAAAAGCUAUUACUGCUGAGAACGCCUCUAAAGUGCAAGUGGAACAUUUCUUAGUACCUCUAUCGCUAGCAGAAACUGUCCUUGAUCUAAGGAAUUAUGAGUCCCCUAGUGCUCUACUUGUUGCCGCGUUAAAAAAGCUUCGUUUGCCUGAGCUGAACUAUUCAUUUUUACCCUCGGACUCCCCUGGUCUUGCACCUCAGCUGGUUGCAUCGCUUAGGUCUCCCUCCUCACUUCUGACAUCGUUUCGUCAUAUGCUGACAAUAAACUCUUGCGCACUAGACGAAAAACUGAAAAACUCUGAAUGCCUUAAAGUUUUGACGUAUUUCAACGAAAGCUUAGACCAUCUGCAAGAAGAGGACAAGCUUACAUUAAGACAACUUCCUUUUUACGAAACGAAACACGGUGGAUUAGUAAGACUACAAAGCAAAAGCGUCUACGUUGUUCCCUCGGAAAUUCCAGGAAAAGAAAUGCAAAUCUUGGAACGUCAAUGCAAUGUCGUCUUUCUGGCAUCAAGGAACCGUUUAUCUUCGUUAUUCGAAUUUCUGGCCUUUGAAUUGUUAUCGCCGAUUGACCUCUACUGUAACUUCAUUUUGAAGCACUUUUGGCUCUUUCCUGCUGAAACAAGGUUGGAUCACCUAAAGCACAUCCGCGAUAAGGUUUUGGAAGGUGGAUCUCCAAUGGAAGAGAAGAGACUUUUGAAUUGUUUGACAGACACAGAAAUAGUCCCCUCCAAAGAUGGCAGCCUGAAGAAGGCAUCUUGCUAUUAUGAUCACACAAAUGAGGUUUUCCGGACAAUUCUUACAGAGGAAAUGUUUCUUCCCGAAACUUUCAAAGAGGAAAGGUGGAUGUCGUUUUGGAAAACGGUGGGACUGAUCCAUGAGGUUUCCAGUGGUCUUUUCAAAAGGUUCGCUACUGAGGUUUCUCGUGAAGGCGCCACACAACGUACUGUAAACACCGACAAGAAUUCUUUUGUCCUCGUUAAUCACUUGUUUAGUCGCGACAAUGUUUUGGAAGAAGGAAUUCUUCAAGAUGUUCGUGACAUCAGGUUCGUGGUUUCAUAUCCUGUGGGUCAGGAGCUUAGAUCAAUUCAUCGACAGUUCGGCCAAGGUGACAGUCAGACUCCAUAUAUCGCAUUCCAAGGUUCCGUUUUGCAAAAAGACGCUGAAAUAGCCUGGACUACAGCACCAAUUCUUCCGGAGUGGGCAGUUCCAAGUUACAAUGAUUCUGUCCUAUAUGAGCUGAAUGUUCUCACCAAACCAACAUUAGAAUUGGUAACUUCUCACUUGGAGAAUAUCGCUUGUGCAAUGGUACGAAAAGAUGAAAGUGAGAUAAGCCGGGAACAAUUUUCUACCAGAAUGUCGGUCAUGGCCAAAAUCUACCGCUUCUUGCAGAAAGAAGCCAUGUCUAGUACCUUUGUGAAGAAUCGACUGAAGGAUACACCUUGUAUUUUGGUUGAGCAAGGUUCAAGAUUAGUGAAUGCUGAGCAAGUAGUAAUUGAAUUGUACGAGAAUCUUGAGAUCAGGCCAUACCUCUACAAGAUGCCUGCAGAACAUGGAGAGUUCAAACAAUUCUUUGAGUACCUGGGCUCUUCGCCAUCUGUACAACUUUCGCACUACACACGGAUCCUCGACCUGCUGCAUGAAAAAUGCCUGGAAAGGAGUCUAGACGUGACCGAGCAAGAUAUUUCGUUUAAAGCCGUGAAGGGUAUUUUUGAGAUUUUACAAGGCAGUCCAGAUGGGAACCAUUCUAUUUCCUCAUUGUAUCUACCAGCCAUGUGUCUCUUUGGAAGCGACGAAGAUGAAACCGCAAGACCAAUAGUCUUGAGAAAAGCGACCGAGCUUCUUUUCGACGAUGCUCCCCAUUACCAUGAUCGUAUUCGAAACUUCCAGCAUCUAUUUGUGGUGGAUCUUAAAAGGUGCAAUGUCUGCCGCAACUCUUCUGCAAAUUACAGGGAACUAGUCCUGCUUUUGCCUGCAGCUUUGCAGCCUAAGAUGUUGUCCACUGCGUUGGAGGAAAAGUUUGCCGAGUCAAGGGACGAAAGCACGUUUUUGGAAGCUGGCAUUACUUGCUCGUUAAAGAGGAUGCUUCACUCAGAGGAAUUUUACCGAGGAAUUGUAAGGCUUAUUCGCCACUCAAGUCAUAAAAAUCAGCAGAAAGUCGACGAACAUUUCGUUACGUCCUUAAAAACCACAUUGAAUAGGAUCGAACUCCGCGGUGUGAGGAAAAUUGUGACUCAUCUACUGUACAAUGGGAUCGUGAUUCCAGGAAGCGAAAAAGAAGUUCCCUAUUUUUUGGAGAAGAUUAACAAGAGUGGCGAGGAGAUUUGGAAUGUAUACAUCAGUGCAGUAGAAGACGUGGCGGAAAACAUGUCUGCGAUAGAUCUGACACUGUCACAGGUGAUUAAUGGCGAAUGUAACGGACUGUUGCAAGAUACAGUUGUAUGCAUUCCUUCAAUGUUGCACAGCCAACCUAGCAAAGUCAAAUCCUUACUUGAUAGGAUGAAGAUCCGGCAAGAUGAUUCCCUCGAUUCAGAAGGCGUGGACUUUGUCCCAGAGCCAGGCAGUUUUAUUCCAAUUGCAGAUCACCAGCUUCUUAGUCCAGCCUUUAAGCCCUUCUUGCCAGGUGAACACGUUGGAUAUGAAGUUGAAGAUCCGAGUCUACAACUAGAAGAAGGAGAUGCCACGUACAUCUACGCUAUAAUAGUUCACGACGUUGCAAUUAAUGAAGUCAAUUUAUUUUCAAAGUCUUACAAGAUUGACAUUGGUCAUGAAACUGUUGCACCGGCAACUGACUUGUAUCAGUUUUGCCGGUCUGAAGAGAUAUUAUCAACAACAGGUGAGCACCUAGACUUCCAAAGCGCAAGAGGAAAACAAGCGAUACUUGACGAUGUUUCGAGAGCAAUCAGAGAAGCUUACAGGCUACCAGAAGACAAAAGACGAAAUGUAAUUAAACGUCUCUUUCUACAGUGGUACCCCGACAGAAAUCCAGGAAAUAAGACGUUCUGUUCACAGGUUUUUCAACAUUUCCGUAGUGAAAUUCAGAGCAUGGAAGGAGAAGACCCCUCCUAUGACGCCUUUUUUUAUUACUGGGAAAAACGUGCAAGGCGGCUCGCUUCAUGGCGCCAAGAGUACCUGAAGACAUACUCUCUACACUAUGGAGAACAGACGUGGGUGUUUCCACCGAGCUUCUGCAAAACGAAUCCUCAACCUGGAGAGGCAAAACGCUGGCUCCGACAGGCUGAAGACGACCUGGCAGCUUCUCGUAACGACAUUGAAACCCACUCUCCAUCUUACGUAUGGGCCUGCUUCAAAUGCCAUCAG